UGCUCUCAGUAGUGCAGCCGAAUUCCCACCCCCGUGUCAGCAGGACAGAAACUGAAAUAGGCCCCUCAGCCCGCCGAUGAAUGUACAUCCUCCCCGGUGUGAAGGACUCCAGCCCCCUGCCGUCCCUCUGUCUGCCGGCUGAAUUUCAAACACGAGUCAGCGCUCCCAGUAACGGCGGGCUCCGGCCGGCCACGGGAGUUCCGGUCCGUUUCCCCGGCAACCGCCCUCCCGUGGCCCAGCCGGCGCCGAUCGCCGCCCAUGCUCUGUCCCGAGGAACCGGCCCGGCUGACGGUCGGCUCCCCGAGUGCUGCGGGCCGCUACUUUUGCACGGUCAGCCGGGGACUGGAGCGCUUUCUGGCCGAGGAGGUGCGCGCCAAGCUGGGCACCAAAGAGGUGGAGCAGAUAUCAGGCAAAGUGUUCUUUACAGCUGAGACAGAUUUAAAACAGCUAAAGAGUCUGAAAUGUGCAGAGCGACUAUUUUUACUGGUGAAAAAGCUGCCCCCGAUCCAGGUGCCAAGAUACAAAGGUAAGGGAAUUCAUACAAUUCAGAAGUAUGUGAUUGGAGAACCGAAUAAAUGGCUGGAUGUUGUUUCCAAAUGGAAGUGUCUUUGGAAUAUCGGUAAAGAGCAUGAAUGUACUUUGGAAGUUACAGAAACUGGGAGUGAACAGUCAACACAACAGAAUGACAGCCAAAGAAGAAAAAAACCAAAAUUAGAACUGGCUAUACCUCAUACCACUGCUGUUGAUGUAAGUCUAACAGGACACCAUGAUCAUUGUUCAGUAAAUCAAAGAAGCACACCAAAUAAUGUGGUACAGCCACCAUCUUCACCAGCAAAGCUGCAUAAUCCCAAGAGUGAAAGUGCUGUAUCCUGCAUGCCUUUCAGAGUAUCAUGUCGCUGUAGUGGGAAGAUUGCUAAAAAAUUUAUGUCACAGGAGCUAGGAAGAGCAAUUGGGAUUGCACUCAGCAGAGAAUUUGGUUGGAAAGCUGAAUUGAGGAACCCCAUGCUGGAGAUCUACAUUCAUUUCAAUGACAAUCAUUGUGUGGUUGGAAUUCCUAUUCUAAGACUUCCUUUAGCCAGCAGGGAUUAUAUUAAAAGUGCAGGACUGAGAUCUACAGUGGCAUGGGCCAUGGCCUCUCUUGGUGAUAUUCAGGUUGGCUCAUUUGUGCUUGACCCAAUGUGUGGGUUAGGGACCAUUUUGCUGGAAGCUGCCAAAGAGUGGCCUAACGCAUAUUAUCAUGGAAUAGACAAUACAGCCAUACAACUGCAGAUGGCAUCUGUUAAUGUGUGUUUUGCAAAGCUGGAGAGCAACAUUGACUUAACAAGAUCUUCUGUCACAGAAUUACCUUUACUUACGGAAAGUAUUGAUGUGGUCGUCUGUGAUAUUCCAUUUGGGAAAAAAUUUAAAAUUACUCAGGACACAAAAGCAAUGAUGCCCUGUAUCCUCAAGGAGAUGGUGAGGGUGCUACGUGCAAAUGGGACGCUUGUGCUACUACUUAGCCAAGAACUCUCACUGGAUAUACAGCAAUGGCAGAAACCAAAGAGUCACCAGACUAAUGAAGGAAAAUAUGCUGUCCAGGAGGAUGGAAAUCCUUUACCAACAAAGCAAUGUCCAGAAGCAAUUGAAAAUGUGAAGGACUUAGCAGCAGCUGAAAAUGAGCACUCUGAAGUUAAAAUGGAAGUUUUGGCCUCUCUGAUACUAAAGGGUAUCUUCCCAGUCAGUCUUGGUGUUACAGAAGCCGCUAUACACAAGUACAAGAAAAUCGCUGUAACAUGAGUGAAAAGAAUGGCAUAGAAUAUAUUCAAUUUGUUAAGCACAACGCAAGGAUCCAAAGUGAGCAGAAAAAGUUAUCAGAAAGAUAAAAUUAGUAAUUUCUUGGUAGGGAAGUUGGUAGGGAAUAUGACCUCAAGUAAUAUCCUAACUUUAACCUCUUAAGAUUGUUUAUGGUACAAGGUGAAAUGGAAGGUAACAUGUGGCAUGCUCCUAUGAUUUUAAUCUCAGUUGGAUCUGCCAAUUUUAUCUGGUGACUGUGAUUUAAAACCAUCAGUGAAAGUUCAGCCAUUCACAGGCCUGUUCAGUCAACAGUCCCAAUAUUGUACUCCUUGAGCAACAGAGUUGCAGUUACAAAGUGGGGUUAUGGGGUGAGAAAAUGCUAUUCAAACAGAUUGAAUCUAAAUAAUUUUUUAUAAUUUUUAGUUUUCUCUGAUACUGUUACAAUAUCUUAAUGCAGACUCUGAAAUUUUAGAGCUCUAUGAGUAAAUGUUCCUUGAACUGCUGGCAGUCUAAAGGAUUACAUAUUUGAUAGUAUAUUGAUGGCAAGAGGACAGAAUAUAAGAAUUGCAUUGAACACUGCAGAUUUCUUUGUGAAUGAAGAGAAAACAUUGAAUCAACUUAUUCUUCCUGAAAUAAAUGAUUCCCUCUGUUUAUGAACAGCAGGACAUAUUAUCACAAUUAUAUGGUAUGUUUUCAUUAUGUCAGACAUUUGUACAAUUUUAAUGCACUUUAUUUUUAGCACUUAGUAUUUUAAGAAUAAAGGAGAGUAUUUUAUAGCAUUA